AUGGGUACAAUCACCAAGAUACAGCCUGAUUGUCAGAAUACUUCUUUGACCAAAGAAUGGUCACUGGAAGGUCUCUUACAAAAGGGAAAACGAUUCUUUCCAGUGCCUCGAGUGUCUGCAGUCGCCGGUGGACAGUCUUUAGAGGGUACGUUAGAGCAAUAUGACAGAAAUACGACACCCUUGGUCAUUGAGGACUGGCAUAAGCACGUUGGCUGGCUGGGGCAAAAAUUCAACCUCGAAUGGUUCAGAGAGCAUGGCCAAAAAGACAUUGCGGUCCGUAACGUCCAUGAUUGGUCAGAUCACACAGUCCCUCUAGAGGAAUUCACGAAAUACUGUCGCUCAGCACCGCAUUUUGUUAUACCAGGAGAAACAGUCCGGUGGUACGGAAAGGAUGCGCAAUGUCCAGCAGACUGGGACCAGUGGCUACACAAAUCUGGAGUUAUCCCAUCUCGUCUCCUCCCAGAUGAUUCAAGAAACUGUUUAACGAAUCUGCCAAAAUCUGCCGCUGUGGAAACUCUAAUGUGCUACCUUGGUAUAGGUGAUACGUUCACGCCGUGUCACAAGGAUCUCUGUGCUUCCUCAGGUCACAAUCUUAUGUGCUACACCGAGAAUGACGGUUCUUCUUUCUGGUUUAUGACCAAGGGUUCUGAUGCUCUGGAGGUGGCGAAAUACUUCCGCACCCUUAAACAAGAGCUGGAUCACGAGAUGCAUGUCGUUACUAUUGAAGAGCUCGCCAGAGCGCCAUUCGACGUUUACGUCACUCAACAAAAAUUGGGUGAUCUAGUCUUGGUGCCUCCGAGAAGCUGUCAUCAGGUCGUCAACUAUGGCGGGAUAACCAUCAAAACAUCAUGGUCCAGGAUGACCCUCAAUAGUUUGGCAGUCGCUCUUCAUCAUGAGCUGCCCAUGUAUCAGAGGGUAUGCCGCCGUGAGACAUACCGCAUCAAGUCGACAAUAUAUCAUACUCUGCAUCGGUUCCGCGUCGAGCUUGAGAAAAUAUCAACAAUCGGAUACCCACAAUUUCGGAGACGUCUGGAUGUGACGAAGAGGACGAGGAUGUUCACAUAG